AUGGAAAUUCCAGUGAUAAAGAUGGAUGAGCUAUAUGGCGAGAAGAGAUCAGAGACGCUGGUACUUCUCCACGAUGCCUGUGCACAAUGGGGUUUCUUCUGGGUGGAGAACCAUGGAAUCAAUGAUGACAUCAUGGACAAAAUCAAAGAACUGGUGAAUAAACACUACGAGGAAAAUAUGGAGAACAACUUCUACAGUUCUGAGAUAGCAAAAACCCUUGGUCCUGACAAAGUCACCUCAAAUGUUGACUGGGAGUGCAGCUUCAUGUAUCAUCAUCAGCCAAAAUCAAACAUUCAUGAUAUUCCAGAGCUGCUUCGUACCACCGUUCCUGAAUAUGCUGAAGAAGUUGUCAAGCUGGCCGAGCAGCUAGCAGAAGUCAUGAGUGAAAAUCUUGGGCUGGACAAGGAUUACUUGAAGAAAGCAUUCUGUAAGCCUUCUGUAGGCAUAAAGGUCGCAAAAUACCCAAGGUGUAGUCAUCCAGAAGUAGUGAUGGGACUCCGUGGGCAUACUGAUGCUGGGGGAAUCAUACUUCUAUUUCAAGAUGAUCUGGUUCCAGGUUUGGAGUUCAUGAAAGAUGGUAGGAGGAUCUCAAUACCACCAACACAAGGCAAUAGAAUUUUUGUUAACCUUGGAGAUCAGAUUGAAGUGAUAAGCAACGGAAUUUAUAAGAGCAUUUGCCAUCAGGUACUUCCUAAUCAGAAUGGGAGUCGCUUAUCUAUUGCGACAUUCUACAACCCAGGUGCCGAUGCUAUAAUCUUCCCAGCUCCAAAGCUUACAUAUCCUAGCCAAUACCGUUUCCAAGACUACCUUAAUUUCUAUUCCACUACGAAGUUCACUGACAAGGUAUCAAGGUUCCAAAAUACGAAGAUGGUAUUCAAGUGA